GUGACCAUAUUUGAAUCCUGCGAUGUAGAUAAAACGGAUUUGGUAAAAGUUUCCGAGCUGAUAAAUAUUAUAAGUCCUUAUUUCCCGGUGGAAACUUGGGGAGCUUUAAAUGAAAUUCAUCGCACUUUGGAUCCAGAACGCAAAAAUAUCUUCGUAAGUAGUAAAAGAUUCUAUGAAGUUAUGAGUCACUGGACUAGAAAAAUGAUGCUAGCAGCUGCCCAAGGAGAAGAGUUUGAUAAAUCCAAUAGUUUGGUAAAUGUAGAUCAUCAUGGGGAAGUACCGUUAAAACACUCUACUCCUAAAUCUUAUUCAAGAAACAAAGAAGUUAAAAAAAGUAAAGAUUCACUAAACAUGUCCAAUGUUUCCGGAUAUAGCUUGUCUACUAGUCAAUAUGAGCAACCAGAGGUAGACAACGAAGAAGAAAUAAAAAAACUUGAACAUCAUUUGCAAAAAAUGUUCAAUGAAUUGACUCAGACAAGGGAACAGUUGACUGUCAAUGAAGAGCUAAACGAAAUUUUGCAACAAGAUGUGCUGAAGCUGCAUCAAAAGUUAAAUGCUGAACAACAGAUCAAUGAAAAUCUUAGAAAAGAUAAGCUGGAUAAUGAGAAACUACGGGAAGAUCUGAUUGAGGCUGAGGCAAAUAUUGAAGCCUUAAAGAAAAAAGUGGCAAGGUUCCAGAAAAAUAUCUCUCACUAUGAGAAUCAGUUGGAACACACCGAAGAUGAGAAAGCAGAACUUGAAAGGAAGUUGAGAACGGUAACCAUGCAAAAAAAUAAUUGUUCACGAGAACUAGACCUUGUUAGGACUGAAUUGGAAACGAAAGAAUUUAUGUUGAAUGGAUUUUCAAACUCGUGUGAUAAACUGACGCAGAGACUUGUCGAACAGCAAAAACUUAUUGAUGAGUUACAGGAAGAAAAUGAAGCACUCGAUUACAAAAAAACAACUCUGGAGAAAGCCGCGCAAACCAAAUCCCAUUCCUGUUAUCAUAAUCUGGAUGAGCAACUUUUAAAUGAUUCUUCACCCUUCAAAACUUUGCAGGAAUGUUCAACUCUCUCACCUUUAAAUAAUUGUACACUUGACAGUUUUCACCAUUAUUCAACUCCCCCUCCUUUAGCUGCCUCUACACAACUCCAAAUAUUCCACCAGUACUCUACUUCUACGCUUUCCCACCUCGAAUCUAACUUAAAAAAUGCAAUACUCAUCUCCCAAACAAGUACUCCCAAUAAGGAUGCAGUCAUACUUCAUUUUUGUUUCAAUCUAAUUGGAUUGAAUAGUGAUGGUGAACCAGAAGCUGUUGAAGAAAAUAUUUACUUUGAAAUAAAGCCAGGUAACCCGAAUGAUCCGUCUGGAAAAUCUGCAAAUUUUGAAAUAACUCGGGUUCUCAAAAAGGAUCAAUCUGAGAUUGAUUUAACAAAAUUUGAAAACCAUACAUUUACGUUGCAAUUUCAAGCACCCUUACGUCAACAUCUCCUUCAUGUUUCCGAUAUUGAAUACCUCAAGAAACUCCAAGAAUAUGUUGUAGUAAACGCAACACUUGCCAAACAGUGUCAAUUUAGCAAAGCGAAAAUUGCAAAGCUAGAAGAGCUAUUGGACGAAAUAAAAAAUAAAUCACUGGACACAAUACAGAUCAGGGUGAAUCUCGAUAGAUUGCAGCUAGCAAAAUUGAAAGGCAGUCUGGGAAAAAACGUGGAACUACUUGUAACUUCCAUGGAAUUGGAUGGAAAAAUGUCGGAAGUAACCGAAGAAUGCAACAAGCAAGAAACCGAAUCACUUGUACAAAUUUGUGAAUCUGAAAACCAAGCUUUGGCAAAAGUUGAUUCUCGAUUCAAGGUGUCGUACACCAGGAACAAUAAUGUCCAAAGCGAAAUUGUGAUUUUUGACGGGACCAAGCCGAUCAUGGAGCUCAUUUUUGGCAAAAUGAAACAUGUUGAAAAUAACAAUAACGGAGAUAAUAUUAAUGUGAUGAUUGAAAAUGAUGUUCAAUCUAAGGACUCCUCAAUAAGGAAGUUGGAGAAUGAUGUAGAUAUCAAAACUAGUCCAAGUAAACAAAUUAAAACUUUAGAAGAAACACUUCACAAACAAAUAUCGAUGUACAAUGAGUUAAAUGAAAAUUAUGAAACUCUAUUGAAAUCGCAGGAAGAAUUGACAAUUGAGUAUAAUAAUCUGAAAUUAAAUAAUGAAAAAAUCUCUGAAGAUCUACACCAAGCCAUAGAAGCACAUGCACAGAAAGAUUUGCUAAUGAGCCAAAUGAAGAGAAUGUUAGAAGAAGCCCAGGAGGAAACCACUAAAUUGAAUAAAGAGCUAGCAGAAACCAAAGAAAAUAUAGGAACAUUAACAAAAGACGAAAUAGGUACUAUUCAAGAGUUAGGAAAUAAGAAUAUGAAACUGGCACAAACAAACAAAGAAGUUGAUCAAGUCAACGAUGUCGUUAACAUCGAUUUUCUCCAACUUGAAAAAGAGAAGGCAUUAACUAAGAAUUUUGAGGAUCUUCAGCAGAAAUAUACAUUAUCUCAGUUGAAAUUUAAGAACCAGUCUGAAGAAUUGACAAAUUUGCAGAAAUUAUAUGUGGAAGUCCAAACUGAGAAUAACUCAAAUAAACAAGAGAUAGAAAAUUUAAAACUUAAGUUACUCAAACUUGACCGGUCUCGUAGCUUGGAAAAAUCGAUGUCCCCAAAUAAAAAAUCUUCAAUAAAAAGCAAAAGUUAUUGCCAGCUGGAAAAUUUGAUCAUUAGAUUAGAAGAAAAUCUGGAACGUUUAAAUGAUAAAUACAGAACGGAAAAAACUAAAAAUCAACAACUGGAAAGUCGUCUAUUAUCAAUGAAUGAAUCAAAUGAAAACCUUGAGAAGAUUGAACAAUUGAUUAUUGAAAAACAGAAAUUUUAUGAUGAAUUGGAUAUGGCAGUCACAGAAAAAACAGCGUCUUUUAAUAAGCUACAUGGUUUUCAAGAUGAUCUGAACCAGAGCUGUGGAGAAACUAUGGGCAAAUUGACAAAAUCAAACAGAGCAGACAGACCGGAAUUUUCAUCAACUGGCAUUGAAGAUAUUAAUUUGCCCUCAAAAGAGAAUUUAAGUAUUGAAUCUGAUUCCUGUUGUAAAGUGCCUUCUUUGGACGUUAAUUGUUUGACCAGCGAUCUCUUACGAGAAUUUUCUUUGGAUAGUAGAUUUUCUGGAAGAAACUUGACCCAGGAGGAAGAGAAGAAAAUGACAGAUUUAUUAUCGCACCUGGUCGAUAACUCAAAUACGGUUGAAAAACAAUUAGAGCUUCUUUCUGGAAAAUAUCACUGUCAAUACAAACACAUGUUGACGUUGGUUAGAGAUGUUUCAAACUAUCUAACGCAUCAAAAUACUGAAAAUGCUGAAACCAUAGUGCCGGCCUAUGAUUUAUUGAAAGAAAUUGAGAUACAGUUGGAAGAACUAGUUCAGAAUGCUAGUCAAGUUGGUGCGUUGAUUUGCGAAAAUCAGGAACUACCUAUUCUGGUUUGGGCUAUGAAUUACAUCUCGGCGCUUAAGAGGCCAAGAAAAUGCGAGUGGGUACCAAAGAAAACCAAAGACGAAUACAUUCCAAAGAAAAGAAGUAAGUUUUGCCGCUGUAUCACAACAUUCAGUAUCACACUCUUUGCUAUGGCCAUAGCUCUAAGCAUAAUGCUUGGCAUAAACUAUCAUUGUCGGGAGUCAGUCCCAGAAAGUAUAAGCUGCCCUCUGGAUGGAAUUUUUGACCAUGUGUUUAAUGGGAAGCUACCAAUGUAAAUAUUGAUAUUUCUGAGAGAAAUAUUUUACUUACGUUUUAGAGUAGGUACCUAUUUUAGUAUUUUUUUAGUCAGUAACUCAAUCGCGGCUGUGUUUUUGUUUGUUUUUACUGUAUAAGUGCUGCUAAGAGUUUGGCUGUUAUUUGUAGCAUGUUAGAAUGUCAUUAGUUUUAUUUUGUUUCUUUGUAUUGAUAAUGUUCAAGUUUGUUCACUUAUAGGAAUGAAGAAAGUUUAUAUCUGUAUUUUGUAUCUUAAAUGUUCCUUUUCAUAAUAAAAAACUAGUUUUAUUUCAAAAACAAAAAAAAAUCACCUGUAUUGCUCCUAAUUAUUGUUUUAAAAUAAUAUAGACGAGUAUUGAGUGCAAAAUCAAUAAAAACAUAGAUAAUCUUA